GGAAGUAAUGGCAUACAUCGCGUGAUAACGGGUGGGGAUGCAAAGAGCGACGAAAAACGUGUGUAAGAGAUCGCGGUAUGAAUGGGCACCGACACGUCACGUCACGGCCCUGCUUAGACCCAUUCACAGAAUGAACGAACCGUUUGCGUUCCGUUCGUGUAGGUAGUCACUCAGUAGUGUCAUGGAGGUAACAUGGCCGAGGAGACGCGCCUAGUUCGCGUUGAGGAGAGACUAAAGAUCAAAAUCGGAGAAGUAAAAAAUCUUCAAAGUCGGAGCCAUGGAUCUCCAAGUACGAGGGAUGUUUAUUGCGUGCUGUCACUGGAUCAGGAGGAAAUAUUCAGGACAACAACUAUGGAAAGAACACUCAACCCAUUUUUCGGAGAAGAAUUUCAAUUUGAAGUGCCUAGAAAAUUUCGUUAUCUUGGCAUUUAUGUAUAUGAUCGAGAUAGACAUUUAAAGCAAGAUAAGAUUUUAGGAAAGGUAGCAAUAAAAAGAGAAGAAUUAGCAUCAUAUCAUAAUAAAGAGCAUUGGUUUCCUUUAAAACCAGUUGAUGCUGACUCUGAGGUUCAAGGCAAAGCUCAUCUGGAACUUGCUUUGCAACCUCAGGUUGAGCAUGCUCAGCCUAAACUUACAGUAAGGGUAAUAGAAUGUAGUGAAUUAACUAUUAAAAAUAGUAGCUGUGAUCCCUUUGCAACUGUUACAGUCAUCUAUAGUAAUGGUAAACAAAUAUCAAAACGCACAAAAGUUAGAAAAAAAACAUCAUCUCCAUAUUUUAAUGAAACAUUCAUAUUUGAGCCAGAAUUAAUAGAGACCAAGGACAAAGAUAUUUCUCAUUACUCUAUGGAAGGAGCUGAAGUUGGAGAAGUAGUUGUUGGUUUGUGGCAUGCAUCUCCUGGUAUGGGUGAACAAUCGGUAUUUCUCGGCGAAAUUCGAGUCACACUAAAAGGCUUACCAACUAGUACAACAACUGCAUGGUAUUUUUUGCAACCAAGAGCAGCAAAACAUCGUCCGUGUAAAAUUACAAAUAACUCAACAUCACCUGGUACAUUACCAGGCUUGGGAUCAUUACGUCUAAAAAUUCAUUAUACAGCUGAUCAUGUAUUUCCAUCUAAAAUGUAUGAUAGGCUUAGAAAUUUAUUAUUGCAAAGCGUUAAUGUUCAGCCGAUAACGUCAUCGGCUGUUUAUAUAUUGGGUGAAAUUGUAGCUAGUAAAAUGGAAGCUGCACAACCAUUAGUUAAAGUAUUGGUGCAUCAUGGACAAUUAGUGUCUGUAAUGCGAGCACUUGCUAGUCAUGAGAUUUCUAAAUUGACUGAUCCAACGACAAUUUUUCGAGGUAAUACAUUAGUGAGCAAAAUGAUGGACGAAGGUAUGAGAUUAGCAGGUCUUCAUUACUUGCACAGUACUCUUAGACCUGCAAUGGAACAAGUCUUCCUUGAGAAAAAGCAAUGUGAAAUAGACCCAACUCGAGUAAAGGAUAGCAAUACUAUACAAACUAAUUUGACGAAUUUGAAGGAAUAUGUUGAAAGAGUAUUUAUAGCUAUAACAACAUCAGGAGUGAGAUGUCCACCUUUAAUGUGUGAAAUGUUCUGGUGUUUAAGAGAACUCGCUGCAACUCACUUUCCAAAAAAUAAAGAAGUGAGAUACUCAGUAAUCAGCGGAUUUAUCUUUUUACGAUUUUUUGCUCCUGCAAUAUUGGGUCCAAGAUUAUUUGAUAUUACUAGUGAACAAAUUGAUUCACAAACGAAUAGGACAUUAACAUUAAUAUCUAAGACAAUCCAAAGUUUAGGAAAUCUGGUGUCUUGCAGAGGUGGCGCAGGCAGUGUUUGUAAAGAAGAAUAUAUGGAAUGUGUAUAUAGAGAGUUUUAUACAGAUAGGCAUAUUCAAGCAGUCAAGCAAUUUUUGGAGUUAAUAUCGACUAGUAGUAAUACUAGUAGUUUUACAAAACAGCGUCCGACAAUGUUGCAAGAACAACCAGUGGUGUUAAAAGAAGGAGUAUAUUUUCUCGUUAUGCAUACUAUUGAUUGUGAUAAGAGAAUAAUGAUUAAACGGGCACAAGGUAGAAAACGAUUUGGUCGUAAGAAUUUUAAGCAGAGAUAUUUUAGACUUACUACACAAGAUUUAACAUAUUCUAAAACAAAAGGUAAAGAACCUUUAUGUAAGAUAUCAUUAGAAGAAAUUUUAGCAGUGGAGAGACUUCAUGAAGACUCUUUCAAAAUGAAAAAUAUGUUUCAAAUUAUUCAGCCACAGAGAGCAUUGUACGUACAAGCCGGUAAUUGUGUUGAAGAAAAAGAAUGGAUUGAUAUUCUUACAAAAAUAUGUCAAACAAACAGCAACCGUUUAGAAAAGUAUCAUCCAAGUGCAUACAUUAAUGGCCAUUGGCUUUGUUGUCGGGCAGCUGCAGAAGUUGCACCAGGAUGUAGUGAAGUAUCACCAGGUAUAGAAGCUGGACUACGAAUGGUUUUAGAUCCAGAUCGCGAUUUGCAAAGGAUACAUUCGUUAAUUUUUACAAAUAUGUCACGCCUUGAGACCUUAAUGAAUGCAUGUGAAUGCCAAGCAGUUUAUGGUGCUAGUGAUAUAUGUGUUAUACCAGACGGAGGAUCGCCUAUAGAAGAUGUACCUUCUUGUUUCAAGACUUUAAACGCCCUUAGAGAAGUUGCAUAUGCAUUGCAGCGUGAACAUAGAGCCUAUUUUAGAAGACUGGCACGUGACACCAAAUAUGGCAGCAAACAAGCUCCUAUUGGUGAUGACAACUACCUCCACUUAGCUAGUAGAGCAGGAUUUGAUAAUCAGUUACCGAAGCGGAUGUACGAGUUGGACAGUGUAAACCAACGAUGCAUAGAAACAGAACAUUAUGACACGACAUUCUCUAGGAAAAUUGUCGAGAAUCAAAGAUACGAUGAUACUUUCAGAAAGUGUUUUGAUUCUGGCUCUAUUAAUCGUAGGUAUGAGAAUGAAAGCAAUUUAUUGCGGAGAUACGAAAAUAGUAGCGAUGCUAUCAAAAGUAUCCAAAAUGAUCUCAGAAAAUUUGAUCAUAGUUUAAACAAUUCAUUAAGAUCUGAUAAAUCGGAAAGAAAUGGCAAUGAAAAUAUAGAAAAUCAUAAAAGCACCAAUCUAUUAACGACAGAUAGUAUUAAUCUAUCGGGUACGUUAUCGCGGAGGUUGGCUAAUUAUGAUAACACUAGAAUAUUAGAUGAAUGUACGAGACGAUUAAAACACGAUGCCCCUGACAUAUCUUGCAACUCAUUGAAUGAGCGUGGCAAUCAUUAAUUUAUCUUUAUGUACAAAUGUAAAAGUUGCGCGUUAGUAUAAAUUUAAAAAAAAUUAAAAAUAAUAAAUAGGGGUGUAUGUAAUGGAGACUGGCAUGAGCCCAGAUACAUUCGUAGCAAUUAUUCGUGACAGACACUAACGUAUCUGUCUAGGGCAUUUACACGGGUUUUUUUAGUCCAAUAAAUAAUCGUAAAAAAACGAUAUUUAUAGGCUAAAAAAAGUGAGGUGCGAAUAGCUAAAUUGAGAAACAAAGAGAGAUUUACAUUAGUCAUUUCUUUAAAAAUAUCACGCGCGCGCGCGCGCACACACACACGCAAACACACACACACACACACACCUUGUACAUACACAAUAUAGCUCUUGCCUUUUUGUAAGUAUGGGGCUAAAUUUUUUUAUCUGUACACACAUUUCCAUUGUAUAAAUUAAUGAUUUUGCUGCUGGAGGUCAUUUUCUCUUCUUCAUAUAUCAGCUUUUUAUUAUAAAUUGUUUCAUUCCUCUUUUAACACUGCUUAAAAAUAAGAAAGAGUUCAACAGAAUAAUUUUUAAUGUGCCUUUUGGUUUGUUACCAUGUUAUGCAAAACGUAAUUUUGUCAUCACACAUACACAGAAAUCUCUAUUAUUUAUUAUUUAUUUAUUUUCUCACCUCAUUUCAAUAUAUUGAAAAUGUGCAUAAAUAUGAUACUAACUGUGUUAUUAAUUGCACAAUUUGUAAUCUCAUUGUUUAAAAGAUCGAG